AUGGGGAAUGGCAUGAGCCUUUGUCCUCUGCGGCUGGAUUCCAAUGUGGCUCAGACCGACUUUAGAGGCAAACAUGUGCUGGAUUUCCAUGAGAAUGGCUACACCUGGACCAGAGAAGCUUACCUUCUGGACCUGCAGGGCGUUCCUUGCAGGCUGACGCAGGCAUUUUACUGCCCUAAGAUCCUGGAGCAGUCGCCAUCGCCACCCUUUUUUUUGAUCACAAAGACAGAGGAAACCCACGGCGAGGUGGAGAUCUCAAUGUGGGCCGGGCGGCUAAUUGUUCCUCACGAAGCUGAUGGUCAUCCCAGAGAUCUUGCAGAGUCAAAUGGGUUUGAGAAUGUCAACAUCAUGCUAGAGUUACUUUGGGGAGGCAUUACAAGUAUGACCAAUGACUCAAUCAGAUUUCAGGAUGAAGAGGUGGCCUCACUGCGUCCUGCAAAACGGUUACUCCAGAUCUUUCAGCAUGAGAUUCCAAAACAGCCGGCUGGUAUUGAGGAGCACUUGGAUCAUCUUUCACAAUCUGAUAUUUCUAUAACUGCAGAAGAAUUUGAGCAGCUUGUUUUCACUGCUGUUUACUGUGCUUACCAGAUUCGAGCCAUCCAAGGCCUGGAGAAAAACCUCUGGAUCAAUCUUUUCUCACAGUUGAUCACUGAAAUAAUCCGUGAGCUCUGUAAACAGGUCUGUCCUGUGGAAUCUAUGGAUUCUGUUCAGCUUCUGGCCUCAAGGCCCUGGCAGGAAAUACCUUUUUAUAUUACUGCACUGAAAAAUUCCUAUCAGUCUAAGCUAAUCAUGAACUGAAGACCCUGAGGAGACUCUGAGGCAAAAAUAUCAACUAUCAAUCCUAUAACUCUUACGAUAUGUACAUUAAUAUACAAUGUGUACAUUUUCUCUGAUAUACCAUAGAUCUCUUAUCUUAAAAAAUUAUAUUUCCAUGAUCAACUCAAGGCAGAGGUCCAUUCCUCACUGGCUAGUGAAGCAGCUACACACCGGCAUACAUGAUGCUGGUGGAGCCCCAGGACUGUUUGCACGUUUCCGUGCGAGUGGCCCUGGAGCUGCCGUGGCCUGUGGAGGUGCCUCUUGUUUUUAAAAAAACUGACCUUCUUUCCCUGCAGAGCUCCGCAGGGACGAGGGGAAACCUCCCCUUGGCCAUGGCGACACCCCAGGGAUUGGAGGGCAGAGUGGAUGUGACUCCCCAUUCCUGCAGAGCUGCACAGGGAGAGAAGGUAAGUUUUUAAAAAACAGGACGUGCCUAAAAGCGCCGCCCUCAACCUGGAGCCAUUCGCUCGGCACCGGUUGCAUAAUGCUGUUUCCGUCUUUUGGAGGUGGCAGCUGAGUGAACAGCGUCCCAGGAACGCUGUUUUUACCGUGCCUGGGGCGCUGUUUUGGCCUGUGUGGAACAGGCCAGAGCCUGCCUCCUGCAGUUCUCCUUAUAGGAUAUGCAAUUCUGAAGAAGUGUGGCUUUUCUCAUCCAGCACUGGAAUUGAACACAUAAAGCGCCUUAUACUGAAUACAUUUGUUGGGUUUUCAGGAUCAAUAUUGUGGUCUCUGACAGACAGCAGCUCUCCAGGGUCUUAGGUAGACAUCUUUCGUGGAGGUACUACCUGAUUCUUUUAAUGAGUUGGUGACUGAAUAUUGCUUUCAUUUGCUUUUACUGUUCAGCACGCAGAACUAACACCUGCUAACAUGUACACAGAUUAUUUCCUACAUAGGCACCUAGUCUGAAGACUGCUUCCCUUAUCAAUCCAUACAGUAGCCAAGACAGUAAUCAUUGUUCUCUGUCAUGUAUAUAACACAAUCAUAGACUUUAAUCAUUAGAUUAAGAAUCCUAAAAAUGUGAAAUGUGAAGAAGUGAGAUGUGACUCAUGAAAGUUCAUAUCCUGCGAGAAAUUUUUGUUAGUCUUUAAGGUGCUACUGAACUCUUGCUCUUUUCUGUUGCUACAAACAUCCUAAAGUCUCAGUUGAUUAACUUGUGGGGGCAAUGUUAAUUGUUAGAGUUGUCAGUUCAGGAACCACUUUAUUUUCCCACCUAUUUUGUUUCUCGUGUGUGACUGUAGUGAAUGAAACAACAUUCAAGAUGGCAUUUCUUUUUUUUUUUUGCAAAUUUAUUUAAAUUAGCCAGGGCUUGUUAAUUCAUUAAAAGGCAGAGGAUUAAUGCUCUAUUUUAUUUUAUCAUUAACUACUUUAUAAUUAACCUUAAGCAAAGCAUGUACAUUCUUAUUUCUGGAAUUGGUUAAGUGAAGCAAUCAGAUGUUCUUGAUCAAAUACCACAUUAAAUAUACAAGCAAAUCCA